CGCAUCUCUCAAAAAUAUUAAAAUAAAUCUUUCAAAAUGAGUCAAAAUCCAAAUUUUUCUAGUAAUUUACGAUUAACUGAUUUACAAGCGGAUAGUCGUAAUAAUUUAGAUACUUUUUACAAUCAUACUGAUUCUCAUUCCAUGACAAGUAAUAAUAUUUCCCAAGUACCUUUUAUAAAUUCUCUUAAUACUGUCAGUUCAGUUCCGCAAUGUUGUCCCCAUGUAUCACAAAGUAAUAAUUAUAAUAGUAAUGGACAACCAGUUUCAAAUCAUUUUGUUAACUUACCGAAUUCGACGACUUUCGAUUCUUUUCAGCCACAAGUAAAUCAAUGUAAUAUCUUUAAAUUCGAAAUUCCUGGAUUUGAAAUUAUUGUUAGACCAAAGUCUAACCAAGUUAUGAAUUUAAACAAUUUGAAUGCGCAACAUCAAUCUUCUAUGAAUUCUUACUCUCCAGUUGCGAUCAUGCCAUCACAAUUAGUAAAUCAAAAUCAAAACUAUAUUAACGGAAAUUUCGUUAGUAAUAGCCACGUAAAUUCCGUAAAUAACAUGAAUACGGAUAAUUUGCAAUAUCAAAAUCAUCAACAAUUUGGAUAUAAUAACUUCCAAGGUUAAAUUUUUUGAAUAAUAUACUGUAUCUUAAUUAGAUAAAUUGAUUGUCGUUAUCACUAGAAAGAGUUGUUACAAGAAUUUACAAUAGCAGAAUAUAUGUACUCUAAGUGCACUCACAUAAAAUUUCUCUCUUUAAAUGCACACCCUCUCUAAAUGAAAUUUUCAUUAUGGACCCAAGGGGGUGCACUUAGAGGGAGUUG